AUGAUCUACUUUUAUACAUGGGAAGCGAUUGAUACUGAUAAACAUGUGCGUUAUAAAAUAAAUCCCUGUGGUGGUAUUCAAGAGUGUGAUGGAUCAAGUGCAAUCUGUGCAUAUGACCUGAAUAAAAACGUCUAUGAGUCAGUAGGUGACUCCUCUUCAAAGAGAAUUUCUAAAUCACUUCUUGAGUUCAACACUACGCAUCAGUGUUCACAGCAAGGCGCUCAGCAUUUUAGACAAAGCAACAUUAACUUCCUUUGUGGGAAGACUCUGGGUUCCCCAGAACUUGUUACUGCAACUGAGUGCGUGCACUACUUUGAAUGGAGGACUUUCAUUGCUUGCAAGAAAGAGUCAUUUAAAGCCAAGAAAGAGGUACCAUGUUAUGUUUUUGAUGAGGAUUUGAAGAAACAUGACUUGAAUCCAUUGAUCAAGAUUUCAGGAGGCUACUUGGUGGAUGACUCAGAUGAAGAUUCUUUAUAUAUAAACAUCUGUAGAGACAUAGGAAGCUCCAAUAGUGAAACCAGAAACUGUCCUGCGGAGAGUGCUGCAUGCUUGUUACGUGGAGGCCAUGCUUUUGAUGUUGGCCGUCCUCAAGAACAGCUGCAACUGCAUGAUAAAGACAGACUUGAACUGAGUUAUGAGAGAACAUACAGUGAAGAAGAGAAGCUAGAUUUCUGUCUUGGCCAUGAUCCAGCAGUGACUAUUACUUUUGUAUGCCCAUCAAAGAGAAGAGGAGAGCGCACAGGCCCCAAACUCACUGCCAAGCUCCACUGCCGGUAUGAAAUUGAAUGGGUCACUGAAUAUGCCUGUCACAGAGAUUACCUGGAAAGUAGAAACUGUAGUCUGACCAGUGAACAGCAUGAUAUCUCCAUUGACUUGACUCCACUCACUCAGCAUCCAGGCUAUGUCACACCGUACAUGGCUAAAGAUGAGAGAGAAGAAUAUUACUAUUACUUAAAUAUUUGUGGGAGAACCACUGCAGGCAGUUGCCAGGAAGAUGGUGGAUAUGUUUCUUCUUGCCAAGUAAAGCCUCAGGGUAACCAGAAAAAAGUGGCAGGGAAAUUUGAGAACCAAACCCUCAGGUACUCUGAUGGGGAUCUCACUCUAACAUACCCCGAUGGAGAUGCAUGCAGCUCUGGCUUUCAACGAAUGACUGUCAUAAAUUUUGAGUGCAAUGAGACUGCAGGUAGCGAUGGAAAAGGCACACCAGUGUUUACUGGGGAGGUGGACUGCACAUAUUUCUUCACCUGGGAUACUAAAUAUGCCUGUGUUCAGGAGAAGGAAGAUCUCCUUUGCAGAAUUGCUGAUAAAAAGAAACGAUAUGAUUUGUCACCUCUGAUUCGCAGUUCAGAGUCAGCGCAGAAUUGGGAAGCUGUGGACAGCAGUCCUGUAAAAGCAGACAAGAAACACUUUUUCAUCAACGUCUGUCAUAAAAUACUUAAAAAAGGAGUAGCUGUUGUUUGCUCAGAUGAUGCAGCUGUUUGCUCUGUUGAUAAAAAUAACCAGCCUAAAAAUCUAGGAAGGUCUAUGUCUCCUCUCAAAAUAGUUGGAGAUCGGAUUCAGCUUACUUACUCAGAUGGCGACAGCUGUGGGCAGAACAAGAAAAUCAAAACCGUCAUAACCCUUGUGUGCAAGCCAGGUGAUCUAGAAAGUGCUCCUGUGUUUAACUUGAAGAGUGAUGACUGUUUGUAUGUGUUUGAGUGGUAUACAGCUGCUGCCUGUGUCCUUUCUAAAACUGAAGGAGACAACUGCAGUGUCUCUGAUGCUCAAGCAGGGUUUUCUUUUGACUUGUCACCAUUAAUCAAGAAAAGUGGCAGCUAUUUUGUUAACACAACGGAUUACGAUUUCUACAUAAAUAUUUGUGGUGGUGUGCCAGAUGAACAUUGUAAGUCAAAAUCAGUGGCAGCCUGUCAAGUAGCAAAAGGCACUGACAAUACCUGGAGUCUAGGAGAACCCAGUUCCAAACUUUCUUACUAUGAUGGAAUGAUUCAGUUGACCUACAAAAAUGGUUCAACCUACAACAAUGAGAAGAAAACGCAGCGAUCUACCCUUAUAACUUUCUUAUGUGACCGUGAAGCUGGAAUUGGUCUGCCUGAAUACCAGGUAGAAGACAAGUACACGUACAACUUUAAAUGGUAUACUAAAUAUGCCUGCCCAGAGAUGCCAUUGGAAUGUGUUGCGACUGAUCCAAACACCAUGGAACAGUAUGAUUUAUCAAGCUUAUCGAAAUCUGAAGACCGGGGUGAAAACUGGUAUGCCAUGGACAACUCCGAACCAAAUGCGCGCAAGAAAUAUUACAUCAAUGUCUGCCGUCCUCUGGCUCCUGUUCCAGGAUGCGAUCGAUCUGCUUCAGUCUGUCAGAUGAAGUAUGAAAAAGAUCAUGAUUCCUUUUCAGAAACCACUUCCAUUAGUAACCUGGGGGUUGCUAGCAAAGGCCUAGUAAUCGAAAGACGUGGUCGAGUCCUCCUAACCUACACAAAUGGUUCCAUGUGCAUCAAUUCUGAUGGGAAGAGAACCUCCUAUACAACUAUAAUCCAUUUUACCUGCUCCAAGGGCACUUUUAGUAGCAGCCCUAGGUUUAUUGAUAAUCGAGAAUGUGUUGUCACCUUUCUGUGGGAAACGGAAGCUGCUUGCCCAGUCACAACAACAAAAGAUGAAACUCAGUCCUGCUCUGUGAGAGAUCCAAGCAGUGGCUUUUUGUUCAACAUGCAACCAUUAGCUUCAGAAAAAGCUUAUUCAGCCAGUGGAAUUGGGAGACAAUUUAAGCUAAAUAUUUGUGGACCUGUGCCAGAAUGUGGCACUAUUGAUGGAAAACCAGCUGGUGGAUGUGAGUUAGAGAAUGUUACAUCAGUGAGGAUUGUGGGUUUGGAUAAAACCCUCUCUCUGUCCUCGGAAGGAUUUCUUACUCUUACCUACAGAGGCAAUUUUCAGGUACAAUCAGGAGCAUCAGACACUUUUACUGUGACUUUUAUUUGUAAUGACUCGUAUCCUGGAGAACUUAAAUUUGUGGAGGAAGAAAUAAACAGUGAACAGGGCAUCCAUGAUACUUUCUUUGAGUUUCACACUGCCUUAGCAUGUGCCCCGGCACCAGUAGACUGCCAGGUUACUGACUCAGCUGGCAAUGAAUAUGAUCUAAGUGACUUGAGCAAAGAGGGGGAGGCCUGGAUCGCUAUAGAUACUACAAAAGAGGCAAAAACAAGAACUUUUUAUCUGAAUGUUUGCAAGCCUCUGCCGUAUGUGCCUGGGUGCCCAGGUGGUGCAAUAGGAUCAUGUGUGAAAUAUGCUGAUAAGAGCCAGAACCUUGGUGUUAUCCAGAUAAGUCCUCAAGCUGCUACUGAUGGGUCUCUUAGUAUCACUUACUUGAAUGGUGACACAUGCAGAGAUAAACAGCGUUAUUCUACACGUAUCCUCUUUCAGUGUGAUCGAACCAUAGUAAGUUUAAAUAUUCAGACUGGUGAUUAAUCCCUAUAUGUUUGUUUUGUAUGGAUCACCGAAUUUGUCUUUAUUUGGAGAACCUUAGCAGCCUGUCCUGUUCACAGAGCAGAAGGUGAUAACUGUCAAGUGAAAGAUCCAAGGUACGGUUUUGUGUAUGAUCUGAGGCCUCUUUCGGGAAAGGAGAAGAAAGUGAGUACGGAUGAAUACGACUACUAUUUCAGAGUCUGUGAGGGAAUAACGGAAGCAUGCCCUCAUCCAGGUCAUCUGAACAAUGUGUCAUCAUGCCAAGUAAAGAAGAAAGACCCAUCUUUUAAGAAAGUAGCAGGUUUGUAUACUGAGAAGCUGACUUACGAAAAUGGGUUAAUAAAAAUCAACUACACCAGUGGGGAGAAAUGCCACAAAAUAUAUGAACGCUCAACUGCCAUAUUUUUUUACUGUGAUCACAAUGCGCUGGAGCCAGUGUUUCUGAAAGAAACUCCAGAUUGCACCUACUUGUUUGAAUGGCACACCCCGUAUGCUUGCCCACCUUUCCGCUCUAUAGAGUGCUCCUACAAAGACGACGAAGGAAACUCAUUUGAUCUCUCACCUCUGACACGGCAUAGAGAAAACUGGGAAGCUAUUCCAAUAUCUGGCUCAAGACAGAAAUACUAUAUUAAUGUCUGCCAGUCCUUAGUGCUACAUGCAGGUGCAGGAUCCUGUCCGUCAGAUGCUGCUGCCUGCCUAGUGGAUGGUUCCAACUAUAUAAAUCUAGGUGAGGUUGCUGAUGGACCACGAUGGGAAAAUGGCAUUUUUGUUCUAAAGUAUGUAAAUGGGGAUCCAUGUCCAGACAAAAUUCGCAAGAGGACAACAAUAUUACGCCUCAAGUGUGAUGAAAGCAGAGUUGAGUCUGAACCAGAACUAGUAACUGCUAUUGAAGAAUGUGAAUAUACUUUCUUAUGGUUCACUGCUGCUGCAUGUCCUCUGAAAAAAAAUGUGCAAAAUGACUGCAGAGUAACUAACCCUGCUACAGGCCAUCUCUUCGACCUGAAUUCUUUAAAGAGAGAGUCUGGCUACACUAUCUAUGACGGCAAGAGAAGAAGAACACUUCAGUUGGGUGUUUGUAAUGAAGCUAAAAGCCCAUGUGGUAGUGGGGUUGGUGUCUGCAUUGUUGGUGAUCAGAAGCCAGUUAAUGCUGGAAGACUGAACAAAAUGUUGACUUAUGAGGAUCAGCUGCUGAAGCUUGUCUAUGCAGGGGGAGAUCCUUGUCCUGCAAACUCCGAACUGAAACAUACAAGUUAUUUUAGCUUUGUGUGCAAGUCUGAUGCUACAGCUGGUAGCCGACCUGUGCUUUUGUCCUUUGAUGAGCAGACAUGCACCCACUACUUUUCUUGGCAUACUUCAUUAGCCUGUGAGGAAGAGGUGAAAUGCUCAGUGCAGAAUGGAACCUCAGUUAUUGACCUCUCCCCUCUGAUCCAUCGAACUGGGUAUUAUGAGGCAUUUGAUGAUGAUUUAACUGAUCUCACUCCAGAUUUCUAUAUUAACAUUUGUGAGCCUCUGAAUCCAAUUGCAGAUGUCAACUGCCCACCUGGAUCGGCUGUCUGCAUGGUUCCUGUUAAUGGACCUCCUAUAGAUAUUGGUCACAUCACUGAACCUCCGAAAAUAAAUCCUGCAGUAAAUGAAGUUUAUAUCACUUUUAACAGUAAAACCCCUUGUGAAGUAGACAGAAUGUUCAAUUACACCUCUCUUAUUGUAUUUCAUUGCAACAGAGGAACAAGUCUGGGUAAGCCAAAGAUGAUACGACAACUUGACUGCAGUUUCGUGUUUGAGUGGGGUACUCCUCUGGUGUGUCCUGAUAAAGUGAACACACUGGGCUGCACUGUGACUGAUGAGCAGUUAAACUACACUUUUAACUUGUCCAGCCUUUCCAGAAGCUCAUAUAAGAUUUCUUCUGGAUCUAGCAGUUACCAUGUUGGGGUGUGUGCUGAAGCAGCAGAUGUGCCCCGUGGAAAAUGCAAAGAUGGGGCAGUGUGCCUGGUCUCUGAAAACAGUGUUGCUUCCUUUGGAAAUCUAAAGGAAAUGAAAAUGGAUUACAGACAUCAGGAUGAAACUGUCAUUCUGCAGUAUACCGGGGGUGAUCGGUGCCCUCCAGUGACUGAAAAAGGUGAGCUGUGUGUCUUCCCCUUCAAAUACAAAGGCAAGAAUUAUGAGGACUGCAUAACAGAAGAAAAAAAACAACUAUGGUGUGCCACAACUGAGGACUAUGACAAAGAUGGAAAAUGGGGAUUUUGUGGAAAGGUCUCUGGGACUCGAGAAGCUACUAUUAUUUUCAAGUGUGAUGACAAUGCUGGCAGUGGGAACCCUCAGCUCCUGAGUGAGACACUUGGCUGUGCUGUGACCUUUGAAUGGAAAACACAGUUAAUUUGUCCGCCAAAGAAGAUGGAGUGCAAGUUCACCCGAAAGCACAAAAUCUACGAUUUAAGAGUGCUCUCCUCGCUUACAGGAUCAUGGGUCUUGAACCAUAAUGGGAUUGCGUAUUACAUAAAUCUAUGUCAGAGAGUACACAAUGGACCUACAAGCUGCCCCGAAAGAGCUGCUGUUUGUAGCAAAAGUCAAAAUGGUGACGUUCAGGUUCUGGGACUUGUACAUACGCAGAAGCUGAAUGUAACAGGUGAUAAAAUCCUUGUCAGUUACUCUGGUGGACAGGACUGUGGAAAAAACAAGAAAGCAACAACCAUUAUAGAACUGAAAUGUGCAGAAACAAUUGGUGAGCCCACACUACAGAGGAUUGAUGAAAAAAACUGUGUGCACUAUAUUGCAUGGGGAACUCGGGCAGCUUGUGCUGUGAAGCAGCAAGAGGUGGAGAUAGUAAAUGGGACUGUUACUAAUCCUACAACUGGGAAAAAUUUCAGCCUGAGUGACAUUUAUUACAAGUUAUACAUGGCAUCUGGUGAUAUACGGACAAAUGGUGACACAUAUGUGUAUGAAAUCCAGCUUUCUGCUAUCACAGAUUCUGUGCACCCACAGUGCUCUGGAGCCAACGUAUGCCAGAUCAAAACAACUGGUACCUAUGUUAGGAAAGUUGGCUCUUCCACUAAAGCUAAAUAUUAUAUUCAAGAUGACGACUUGGAUGUUGUGUUUUCCUCUGAUUCAGCCUGUGGUAAAGAUAAAUCAAAAGUUGCCUCCUCAAUGAUUUUUUUCCACUGCAGCCUACAGGCAAAGGAAGGCAUCCCUGAGUUCCUUCAUGAGACAGCAGACUGCCAGUAUUUGUUUAGCUGGUAUACGUCUGCGGUCUGUCCAUUAGGAAGUUCUAGAAGCAAAGAGGAACAGUCUGACCAGGAAGUGCAAAUUUUCAAAGGCCUUUCGGGAAGAAGCCAAGCUGUUGGGGCUGUGCUGAGCAUCCUCCUGGUGGUUCUCACGGCAUGUCUGUUGAUCUUGUUGCUUUACAAAAAAGAGAGGAGAGAAACUGUGAUGCACAAGAUAACCAACUGCUGCAGGAGAACAUCAAAUGUUUCCUAUAAAUAUACAAAGAUAAACACUGAAGAAGAAGCUAAUGAGAAUGAAACUGAGUGGCUUAUGGAGGAAAUCGCAGCACCAAAUCAGAGGCCAGGCAAAGGAGGACAAGAAAAUGGUCACAUCACUACCACAUCUGUUAAAUCAGACACCUUGACAUCUCUCCAUGUGGAUGACCUGGACAGUGAGGAUGAAGUUCUAACAGUCCCAGAUGUGAAAAUUCAUUCAACUGGAAGGGUGCAAUCCAGAGGUUCAGAUAAGAACUGGCAGCAAAGGAAGCCAUUUAGUCUUGAAAGUGAUGCCAAGAACAACUUGCUGAAUGGAGGAAAGGCAAGGAAAGCAAAACCUAACCCAAGCCAACAGAAGACACAGAAUUCUACCAAUACAUUAUCGUUCCAUGAUGAUAGUGAUGAGGACUUGUUGAAUGUUUAAAUAGCCCUUCUUGUGCCUAAUUAAAUAAAUACAGAUAGAUUAUAUAUAUAAUGGGACAGCAAAACACUUCCAACCAAAUAUGAAGACUUUAGCCUGAGACUUCUGAAUUUUGCCUUUAACAAGUAAACAUUUAAAAGGGAAGAAAAAAGACUCAAUCCUGGUUGUUUACAAUGAUACAUUCAGGAACAACUGGACUUCCAGCCUCCAGAUGACUGAGUUAUGUUGCUUCUCUCUAGCCAGGAUUUUCAUUUUAACCCUUCAGCGCAAGUACUAUGUGCUUGUUAUGAAAUCGUUUCAAAGGACAGGAGUAAAUCUGAAUUAAGCCUCGGUCACUUGAGAUUCGAGAUAUUUGACUACUAGCAUUUUAACUCUCUCCCUGUAUUUAUUGACUUUCACUACUCAGGUUUGCUGAAUAAUAGCAACAUGUUCUUCCUGCCGGCAGGGUAUUAUUCUAUAGAUUCACCCAUUAGAUGAGAGAGAAAAUAAAAACAUAACUUUUUGUUUGGGGUGGUUUGAUGUAAAUGUUGGAACUGGUCUAAUUUAUCCUGUAAAUUUGAAUACUCCAUUCUAAUUUAAACAAUUACUUGAUUUAAAACCAUUUAUUGAAAGGUACAACUCUGUUAGCUUUAGUCUGAAAUGAUGGUUGUUCUUUGCAUGAUAUUUUUGGUACUGGUCACAUGACACAUUUAAUCAGUAUUUGCUUAAACAGCUGACAAGCACCCAAAGAUUUCCCUUGCGUGUAGGUGGGACUAGAAUUUGUGUGUGCCCAGACAUAACUCGAUUGUUCAAGGCAAUGGGUGCAGAAACCCUACAAUACCAUGUUCACAGCCCUGUCUUUUGUCAGCUUAAGCCUAAAACCUAGAGAAGCCUUAAUUUGCACAACAGGUAUAGUUUGUGAUACUAACUGCAUUAAAAUAUGGUGGGCCCAAGUCUUUAAAUAGCAUCUCAAAUGCAGUAGCUCUUAUUCAGUGACCAUUGGGCUCAGAAUAUAAUAAGUGUUGCCAGGACUGAAUGGAAAUUAUGUCAAUCUUCCUAUAGAGGUCUGCUCCUGUCAGUGUUUUCUGAAUUCUCUUAUGGGCAAUGGUAUGGUUCCAGAUUCAUGUACAGAUACAUGUGUUGGUCAGAUUUUUUUGAACCUCUUGUACCGUUUCGGUUGGCUUAUUUGGCUUCAACACUGGUUUCUUCAUUUUAUAAAACGUUUUCCAUUUUGAAUCAAAUUUAGUGUAAUAUAAACAAUUCAGCAAUUUCAAUAAAAGAUAAAUUAAACAGACAUUCCGUAUUAUUCCCAUAUGUAUUGAAAUAAGUUCUGAAAUUUUUCUUGCUUACACUUAAAAAAAACAAACUGUACUUUGAUAGCUUGAAAGUCGCUUUCUAAAUUUCCUGCUGGAAACAAAUAUUUCUGAUAGCAAAGCUAAAAAUGAAAUAUUAGAUGUCUCACCACAAAUAUUUGAAACCUGCUCAUAAAUUCAGAUAACAGAUGUUCUUGUUCGUGCUUGGUGUUGUCCCCUAGAUUAUGCAUAGUUACCCAUACAGAAUCAAUACAUCCACAAUAUAGGUGUUUCAAGCUGUGUUUGAUGUUAGGAAGUGUUAGCAUUCCAAAUGAAAACAACACUUUUACAGCUAGAAAGAGAAUUGGUGUAAGGACAAUUUUGGGGAGGAAAUAGAUUCUGGAAAUAGUCACAUUUCUAAUAGCAAGAAUAGCCGGUCUAUUGGAACAUACUAUCAAGUCUUCAAAACAGGAUGUGUCUAAAAAGUGUAUUCUCUAGUUCUGUUGGGCUUGAUUGCAUAAACUGUUGGAUGGACUGUUAUGCAGGAGGUCAGACGAACUCAUUUUAAUGAUCCUACCAGACAGUAAUCUACUACAGCCGUG